CUUCUGUUCGAGCUAAGUCUCGUGAUUAGUCACGCACUUGGUCAUAUGCUUUAGUAAACUUUGUGUGGUUUGUGGGACACAACUAGAGCUCAACUUCUCGCUGCUAGCGAGGGCAAUUACUCUUUGGCUGCUCCCAAAUUCUACCAUGUCAUUUCCUUGUCAAAAAUGUCGAAAAGAUAUCUCCUUGGGAAGCCUUGCGGAGCUGCCUUGUAAUUGUCUGGUAUGCGUACCUUGCUCACGAGGUGCCGUCGUGGAUCACCUUCAACGGCUUGCCACGGAUGUUGCGCCUUCGCCACAGCCAUCCGCAGUCAAGCGGUUGCGGGUGCAGCUUGAGCCUGGUGACGAAGUUUAUUACAGGAAACCCGAUGGCUCCUAUGUGAAGGCGACUGUUGAAAUUGUGGAUAUCUCGGUGCAACCGCCACAAUAUGGCAUUCAGCUUGCAAACACGGACAACUUGCGUUUUACCGAGGAGGAUAGGCUCUUUACGGAACUACCAGCCCCCACGCCGCCUCCUCGCCAGCCGCCGUCCCACCUCCCCACCGCCCGCUGCCCCUGCUGCUCCUCGCACCUCGCGCUGCAGCACCUGCGCGCCCUCGCACCCGAGGCUGUUGCGGCCUGGGAGGCGGAGCGCACUGCCUCCUGGCUGCGAGUGCAUGACGUCAUCGCCUGUCCCCACCCCCGCUGCGGUGCCCUCAUCCAGCGCGUGCCUGCUGCUGGCAACGCCGGCGCCGACCCGCGGUCGCCCUUGUCGCCGCUGCACGCCCACAUGCGCGAACAGCAGUCGCCGCCGCGGCUGCAGCGGCAGCAGCGGCAACGACAGCAACAACAACAGGAUAAGCCCAAACAGCAGCUCUCUGACGCCGAAGCCCAUCGCGAGCUCCACCGCUUCCGUUGCGGCGCCUGCGGCAAGGACUUCUGCGACGCCUGCGGCGCGGCGCCCUACCACAACGGCCUCACAUGCGGUCAGGCGCGCGCGCCCGACUGCCUGCUGUGUCGCGGCAAGGUGGAGGAGGAGCGCUUGGCGCAGCUGCUGCCUGUCGCGGCUGCCAAGGAGGCGCGGGAGCACCAGGGGAGGCCGGCCGGUAGCCAGCAUGGCGCAGCGGCAGGGGCGGGGCCGGGUCAGGCCAAGCGCGCGGAGAAGGAAGUUGCUGCUGCGGUGGUGCAGCGCGCCUCGAAGAGUGAGCUGUUGUCGGCACUGAAGGGCCUGGGGCUGGACAUCAGCUGGUGCCUGGAGCGGAGGGACCUGGAGCAGGCGUUUCUGCACUGGGGCUGCCUCACCUGCGGCGCCCCCGACUGCGCCGCCAAGCGCCGCGCCAUGUGCGCCCGCCCGCUGCCCUGCGGCCACUGGUGCUGCGGCCUGCGCGGCGAGGGGGACAACAUGGGCGCAGCAGGUGCGGAGUGCCGCCACCCGCGCUGCGUGGAGUGCGGGGCGGACCCCGCGGUACCUUCGCCCUCGUCUGCAGCCGCGGCAGGCGGCUCGGCGGCGGCGCUGCCGAUGGUUAGCGACUGCUGCUUCUGUUGGGAGCCGUUGUCGACGGCGCCGUGCAUUGAGAUGAAGUGCGGCGUGAGGCACGUGUGCCACCUGCAUUGUGCGCAAGCCCGGCUGGCAGCAGGCUACCCGGGACCUCACAUCUCCUUCGCGCACCUCUCCUGCCCGCUCUGUCGUGACGGUGGAGGGGGUGGAGGUGCCGGAGCACAGGCGGGGGGCGGAUCCGGAGCGAGCAGCAGCAGCGGAGUCGUACAGGCCUCCCUGGCCCCGGUGCACCUCUCCCACCCCGCGCUGUCCGCCUGCCUGGCGCCGCACCUGCAGCUGCGAGAAGCGCUGGUGGCGGCGGUGCGCGAGCGGCUGCGCAUGGACCCGCUGCUGCGCGCGGCUCCGGAGCUGCAGCCGGGUGGCCGGUACGACGGACGCCCCGUGGACUUUGGCGUGGAGCGGCUGCUGUUCUACAAGUGCUCCAAGUGCUCCAAGCCCUACUACGGCGGUCAGCGAGCGUGCGGCGCAGCAGCUGCGGGGGAGGCAGCCCAGCAGCAGCAGGCGGCCGCGGGAGGGGCAGCUGCAGGAGGUGCGGCCGGCGGCGGUGGUGGAGAUGCAGGAGCAGCGGCAGGGGGAGGUGGUGCGGCCGACCAGCAGCUGGUGUGCGGGGACUGCUGCGCCGUAGCUGCGGGCACCUCCUGCGGCCAGCACGGCACCAGCUACAUCGAGUGGAAGUGCAAGUACUGCUGCUCCCUGGCGUCCUGGUUCUGCUUCGGCACCACCCACUUCUGCGACCCCUGCCACCGAGACUACUGUGCCCGAAAGCUGCUUGGCUUCAAGCCCACCCCCGGCAGCGCCUGCGUCGACCCCAACUGCGCCUUCAAGCACGUGCCGCACCCGCCCCCCGGACAGGAGGCCUGUCUGGGCUGCGGAAUGUGCCGCAACCGGUAGGGUGGCUGCAGGUGCGGCAGGGGACAGGGACAGGACGAGCGCUGGGCAGAGGCUACGGCCAGGAGUGUCAACCGAUAGGACGGUGGCGGCAGCAGCAGGAGGAGGCGUAGAGGAGGGCAGGAAGUGCGCUGGGCUUCGUGGCCCGCGGCGUACGGAAGGGACGAGGGUAUGAUGGCUGGCUGCAGGAUGGGUGGGUAAGAAGAGGAGUGAUAGUGGAAACUGUGGAAGUGUAACAGGCUGGGGUAACGGGCACCUGUAAGGUGGCGGGUAAUGUACGUGGUCCGCGGCGAUUGCCGGGUGGAGGCUGCGGGCUGGUUUGUUUUGGCUGGAUGCGUGGCAGCUCGAUGGGCUCAGGAGCCGGCAGCAGGCAGGGCGAAGAGACGGAAUGGCAAGUACAACGCGUGUGAUGCACAUGAAGACAGCCAUUACAAUACCCUCAGGUGACAUCCCCCCCAUGCAUGCAUGAGUAUAAGAGGGGGUGUUUGCGGUGCACAAGCGUCUGAGGCAUAUCGCACAUGAGAACACACCUGGCGUCCUUUCGUCUGAAGUCAGGUGCGCAGCCGGACGCUGCCCCCGCCCUUGCUCAUCCUGAUGUGGACGCAAUGACCUCGGGAGCGGUUAGUAACGGUGCUGCAAGCGUACUGUGAAAGGCCUUCAAUACGGCUGAUAAGAAUGGGUUAUUAAUAGCUGUACUUGCUCGGACACCUGGCAUUGUAGGUUCCUAGCGAGUUGGGGGGUUUAAUCGCUUAUGUUUUACCGUCUAGGAUGCAGGGGUAGUGGCACGUUUCGCUAGGGUCCUUGUAUGCUUCCGCGGCGCUUGAUUGCUUGGUUGCAUGCAUGCCCUCAACUGCGUAGCUGUGUCUAGUUAGGUAUGCAUUGCACGUUUGCAGGCUUCGCCUAUAGGAUUAGUAGUUCACUGGUGAUGGUUCAACUGUUUGUCUUAUGCAUUCCUAUGCUGGCUGGUAGAUGGCUCAAUACGCUUGCUGGUAGAUAGUUCAUUCCUGAUCGUGGCUCAGAUGCUGAGUAGAGAGGCAGGUAAGGGUACGAUAUGGUAGCGGAGGCAAUAUAACAUUAGCGGUUGACGGAGCUGAUGCAGUGCUUGACUUCUUCCGUUCAAUACUAUGAUAGGUGGCAUAUGUGUGGCACAUAUGGCGACAUGGUCGAAGCCGACCCAUGGGUCCCUUGCAAUGUCAUUGGCUGGUGUUUGCUGAGUGCGCUUAGCUGAAAAAGAGGCUCUUAAGUUUGUAUGUG